AUGUUAGCUAUCAUCGCCUGCAUCACCUGCAUCACCGGCAUUGGCAACCUCUUAGCUGGGCUCUUGACUGUAAGCAUUCCAGUUAUUGCGGAGGACCUACACAUCCCAUCUGCACAACAACUUUGGCCAACUGCUGCCUUCGCUCUCGCAUGCGGCUGCACGCUACUUCCUUGCGGUGCCGUUGCCGAUGUUCUGGGUUCGCGUCGUGCUUGUUUGCUCGGUGGGUUGUUUCAAACAGCUAGUGCCUUAGGUGCCGGGCUUGCUAUUACAUCGGCGCAACUUAUUGCACUGCGGGUCACCGCAGGCCUCGCCGCCUCUUUCUGUCUACCUGGCGCUGUCGGCAUCGCUGCACGCGUCUUCCCCAUCAACAGCAGCCCGCGCCGUCGUAGCAUCGCCUUCGCAGCCAUGGGAGGCGGCCAGGCUGUCGGCUUUGGGUUGGGGUUGACAUUAGGCGGCGUAUUUUCGGAUACUGUCGGCUGGCGCUGGGGCUUUUAUGCCACUGCCCUACUCAACGGUGCUGUGGUGGCAUUAGGGCUGUGGGCACUGCCAUGUGUCAUUGAUGACGGUCCGCUGGGUCGAGCAUCGCUCACACGUCUCGCCCGUGAGGUCGACUGGGUCGGUGCACUGCUCAUCAGCACCUCCCUCGCGCUUCUAUCGUAUGAGCUGGCCUUGGCCACUGGAUCAGAUGCGGCACGAAGUAUGCGAGAACCAUCAAAUGUUGUGAUACUAUUCAUUGCACUUGCACUCAUACUUGCAUUCGGCUUAUGGAUGCGGCGCCAGGCUCGCCUCAGCCGCCCGGCGUUGAUUCCAAAUACUCUAUGGGCUAACUUACCGUUUACAGCCACUUGCAUUACUGUUUUUCUGGUCUGGGGCAGCCUGAACGCGAGCGAGCAGCUUACGGCCUUAUACCUACAGGAUGUCCGAGGCGCUUCGGCUCUCACAUCGUCCUUGUAUUUUCUGCCGGCGCCAAUUUGUGGUGCAUUGAUGAACGUCGCCAUUGGUGCCCUGCUCCCGCAUUUGCGGCCCUCAAUAGCGGUACCCACGGGGUGCCUUGUGAGUGGUAUUGCACCGUUACUUCUAGCCACCCUUUGUAAUAUUGACGGGCCCGGGUAUUGGCGGGGUAUCUUUCAAGCCAUGGCUCUCAAUCCAUUGGGUGCGGACCUAAUUUAUACUAUCGCGAAUUUGGUGAUGACGGCGUCUUUUCCAACCAGCACUCAGGCUAUGGCUGGCGGUGUCUUCAACAUGCUGGCCCAGAUUGGGAAGAGUGUCGGUAUCGCAACCUCGGCAGUUAUUGCAAGGCAAGUAACAGCGCAGGUAGAGGAGGUAGGCACCAAGGAGGCACUGUUGCUUGGCUAUAAAGCUGGUUGGUGGUAUAACUGUUCACUGGGAUUUGCCUCCGUAGUUGUCAGCCUCUAUGGCAUGAGAAGCGUUGGGAAGCUAGAGACCAAAAGAGAGUGA